AGGCGCCGCCGGGGACUCCCCGCGGGCCGGGGCGGGGCGGGCCUGUGCCGGCGCUAAGAUGGCGGCCAAGGGCUCGCACUCGCACGUGAAGCUGGAGGCGGAGAUCGAGCGGUGCCGCGCGGAGGGGCACUGGGGGCGGCUCCGCCACCUCGCGCAGCAGCUGCUGCCGCCGCGGCCCCCGCGCAAGGCCAAGGCGGCGAGGGGCGCGCAGGACGCGGAGGACCAUGGGAGUUUGCUGCUUGCAGAGGCUCUGCUGGAGGAAUGUUUAAAGGAAAAUUUUGCCAAACUGAAGGACUCCAUUCCACUGUCGGAGAAGAGUGAACCCAAACUGAGCGAAGCUAAACAGUAUCUGACCAGUAUCUUAAGCAGAGGGAAACUAAGACCGAAGUAUAUGACAGAAGCUAUGCUGAUCCUAGGAAAGCUUCAUUAUGUGGAGGGAUGCUACAGAGAUGCCAUCAGCAUGUAUGCAAAAGCAGGAAUUGAUGACCUUUCAACCAAAGAUGAGCCUCUGUACGUGCUGCGCUUGAUAACUGAAGCCUUUGUUAUUAAAGGUUUGUCACUGGAGCGCUCAACCAACUCAAUUGCCUCACGUGCUCGACUGUGUGAAAGGGAGGAGGAAGUCAUGGCUUGUUUUGAGAGAGCAUGUGUUAUUGCCCAGGUAUACUUGCAGGACCUUGAGAAGACCUUAAACAAUACACAUUCAAGGAGUAUCAAGGGCAGCAAUGCGACUUACUCUGAGUUUGAACUUUCCUACUUUCUGGAAGCAGCUCUACAGAGUGCCUACGUGACUCAGUUAAAGAAAGGAAAUAUUGUGAAAGGAAUGAGGAGUCUGCGAGAAAUAUUACGGACUGUAGAAACAAAAGCUACUCAGACCUUCAAAAUGACUGCAGCCAAACAGUUAGCCCAAGUACUUCUCCAUUCCCUCAGUGAAGACUGUUACUGGAGCCCUUUAUCUGAUCCACUUCCUGAGUUUAUGAACAAGGAAUAUCAGUCUUAUGUUAGCAAUCUGCUUUGUCGGAGGCCUGAGCUGUACUCAGAAGAGAAUGUCUACUGCCCUCAAGAUAAUGUAGAAGAGGCUCUUCUCCUCCUCCUAAUAAGUGAAUCCAUGGCAAACCGGGACGCAGUGAUCAGCCGAGCCCCAGAGCAGCAGGAUGACCGAGCCAUCAGCCUCCGGGAUGCUUCUGCAGUCUACGACCUCCUGAGCAUCACGCUGGGCAGAAGAGGGCAGUAUGUGAUGCUGUCUGAGUGCUUGGAGAGAGCCAUGAAGUUUGCAUUUGAUGAGUUUCACCUCUGGUACCAGCUUGCCCUGUCCAUGGUAGCUUGUGGAAAGUCAGCAUAUGCAGUGUCCGUGCUCAAAGAGUGCGCUAAACUGCGACCUACGGAUCCCACCGUUCCUCUUCUGGCUGCCAAGGUCUGCAUUGGGUCACUGCACUGGCUGGAAGAAGGAGAACACUUUGCUAAAAUGGUGAUAGACCUGGGUGAGGAUGCUGGAGAGUCCCUAGCAAAGGGUUACCUGGCACUGGGCCUGACAUACAGCCUUCAAGCUACUGAUGCUACUCUAAAGAGCACUCAGGAUGAAUUGAACAAGAAAGCACUUCAGACUUUGGAGAGGGCACAUGACCUGGCCCCUGAAGAUCACCAGAUCAUCCUCUACCUGUCACUGCAGCUGGCUCUUGUCAGACAGAUUUCAGAUGCUAUAGACCAUCUUCAAGAAGCCCUGCAGCUGUGCAAAGAUGAUAUGAAUUCACUUCAUCUACUGGCCCUCCUCUUUUCAGCUCAGAAGCACUAUCAGCAUGCACUGGAUGUUAUCAACAUGGCUGUUGUUGAAUACCCAGAGAGCUUUAGCUUGCUCUUCACCAAAGUAAAACUGGAAUGGAUAUAUAAAGGACCUGAAGAGGCUCUGGUGACAUGCAGACAUAUGUUGCAGAUGUGGCAGAUGGUAUACAGUGUUUUACAGCACAGUGGCUCUGAGAAAGGAAGUAGUGUGACCGAAACACCAGUAAUCAAAAAGCAUAAUGGACUGCAUCUCACCCUCCCAGAUGCUCAUGACACUGAUUCUGGAUCACAACGAGCCUCUUCCCUUGCUGCAUCAAGACUGGAACAGGCCAUGUCUGAAAUAACUAUGCAGAGCAGCACAAUGAAGCAGGGACCUGUGAAGCUGUGGACAACUCUUGAACAAAUUUGGCUACAAGCUGCUGAACUCUUCCUGGAACAGCAGCAUCUCAAAGAAGCAGGCUUUUGUACCCAGGAGGCAGCUAGUCUUUUCCCCACAUCUCAUGCUGUACUGUACAUGCGUGGGAGGCUUGCAGAGAUGAAAGGCAAUUUGGAGGAGGCUAAGCAAUUGUAUGAUGAAGCACUCACAGUGAAUCCAGCUGGAGUGGAAAUUAUGCACAGCCUGGGCCUGGUGCUGAGCAGACUUGGGCGGAGGGAGCUGGCCCAGAAAGUGCUCAGAGAUGCCAUCAGGAUCCAGAGCACCAGCCACAUCGCCUGGAACAGCCUUGGAGAGGUCCUGCAAGCUCAGGGGAAAAACGAAGCAGCCAUCGAAUGUUUCCUUACUGCCCUGGACCUGGAAUCCAGCAGUCCUGUCAUUCCCUUCACCGUCAUACCCAGGGAGCUCUGAAGCUUCUCCCUGCAGCUAAGCACUUUCAUUGUGUGGACAGACACCAAAACCAAGCAGAUAAAGAAAGAAGAAGCCCAACAGAAAAGUGCCAUUGUAACCUAGAACUGGGCUAAGUAAUUCCAGGACGGGGCUCAGGUCUACAGGCUUAGCUUAGACAAGCCAAACUGUAGAAGAAUUUGCAACAGGCAGAAACAGAGAAUGCCUUUUUCUUCACAGGUGCCUGGCUAAGCUCCUGUUCAAAUUAAUAGCAGGGCUUGUUUCAAAGUGCUGGUUCAAGGUGACUGUAGAAAGAUCGUGCUAGGGUACAGCUGUUCAAAGCACUUGCACCUUUCAGUGUUCAUUGAAAAUAAACCCCCCAAGCCCUGAAUUAAAGCCCAGACCUGCUCUGAAUAGGAGUAAACUCACCAACUAACUUGACCAAGUUGUGUUUAAGUAUGUGGCUGUCUCCCCACAGAUCUGACAGGACAAGGAUGACAGUUGCACCGAAUAGACAUGCAAUACAUGUUGUUUACAAAAUUAUUUCAUCUAUUUUGAUUAUCCUUUUUCCUGCCUUGCUUUUAUAUACUGUAUAUGCUCACUAUAUUUAGUGUAGCACUUGCCUAGAACAAUUUAAAAUUAAAUUUUCAUUUAAAUUAAAAAUACUUUUUUUAAAAAAUAAAGCUGCUACUGCAGGAUAAUUCACAAAAACAGAAAGACCAAAGACCAAAUCAGUUCACACUUGAACUAGUAUUAAAAACACAUAAAUAUCUCCACUUACAUAUUUAUUUAAAGGCCUUACAUGAAGUAACUAAUUAUAAGCUCUGAGCUUCAUUCUUAUUAAUCACCUAUGGCAUCCGUUUAGUGAGGAAUAUAGUGUUGACCAGUGUAUAGUGACUGAACUCUGUGCUCUACCACAUUUCCUGGCACAAAACAUUUUCAUAUCCAGCUUUUGAUGAUGCAGAAGAAGGCAGCAGUCUUUUAAGGGAAAGUGUGCUGAACACAGUAUGGGUAUAUAUGAAUUGCUUCUUCAUUAAAACUAAAUCUUAGGAUUGUCCAUAGAAAUUUCACAUUAGAGGUACGGAGCUGAGCCUUCAGUGGCAUCAUUUUGUGUCUCCUUUCAGAUGUAGUAGUGAGGAGCUUCUGAUGCACACAGCCUCCCUGUGCUGGCACAGCCCCUCUGGGCUGCUCCUUGGCUCUGUGUGACCUCCCCAGGGCCUUGGCAGCGAGGUGCAGCUAGACUGUGCUGUCACACGAGAGCCAGCCCUGUCCAGACCAGUCCCAAGGUAAAGAUGAUGCAGCAAUUUGCUGCACUUUUCUACCAAAAAAAAAAAAAAAAGUUGGGGCUUUGUGCCCAUUUUUGUCCAAAGAUUUGCGACUAUUUCAUAAGUAAGUUUGCACUAAAGCACACAUUGUACUAUAAUUCUGUCCAGUAUUGUGAUCCACAACUAGUUCACUCUGGAAAUAAUAAUAUCCUCAGGCAAUAAAUAAGAUAGGGUUGUUUCUUACGGAGCCUGAGGCUCUGGCAGCAGACUUGAAGUCAGCGUUGUUUACAGUUAUUUGGAAAUCUGCAGGCUAAUGGAGAGCUGGGCCCUUGUGCUGCUCCCAUCCACACCAUCAGAGAUCUCCCAUCCCCAGCCUUCCCUCUGCACCAAGGGAAGCACACUGCUCUCAGGUUCCUCACAGCAGCCUGGUGCACUCAGGCCAAUAUUCUUAUUUUUUCCCCUUAAAUGAUGCAGAUGCAAUUGCCCAGUUUAUUUAUCUGUUAACUGAGGGAUUCCAGAUCUGAUCUAGGCUGAUUUCACUCCAUGUGAAAGCAGCCCAGCCAUGAAAGGUGCUCAACCCAUGAGUCCUCUGGCUUUCCAGUGCUGCACAGGCACCCAAAAGGACUUUCUUAGGCCAGGGGCGGGUUUCCAAGGAGAUGGUGUUCCCCAGCCACAUUCCUGGUUUGCAAUGGCACCAGCAGCAGAGGCAGGAGUAGGUGUUAAAGUACCAGAAUUAAAGGAGUUUCAUGGAGACAAAAGGAUGCAGCCGAGACACGUUUUGCUGCGAAGGAUGCUCUGGAGUCAGCUCACUCUGCACUGCAGGGGGAAAGAUGCUGUUGUUGACAUAAUAUGUAAAUUGUUACCCAGGUGCUUUAAGCCCAGUUUCACAGUCAGAUGCAAUCUGACAAUAGCAGAGAUAUAUAUGGAUAGAUAUUAUAUUCUGGUGUUUGUUCUGCUCCAUGGUUCCCAGGGUGGGAGCAGAGCUUCUGUGCGAGACACAGAGCAAGAGUCGUCACCGCUCCGCUCUGUAAUGUAUAUUUGCAAAGCACUGCCAUAGCAACUUCUGUGUACUGGGCAGCUAUUUCAGCACAGGCUGAGCAUCCACCUCUGCUUUAAGAGGUCUGUAACCUAGCUGGUCUGUGACCUGGCAGGAGGGUGCCUGUUUCCCAGCAGCAGCUGAAAAGCAAACACUCACAGAUCCAUUCGCUUCUGCAGGCGUAGCUUGCAAACAGCCACCAGCCCAUCACGUUUGUUGUGAUCAGGAAAACUUCAUCCUGAUGAUAAUCGGACUUGCCACAGCGCUCAUCUUCCUGGAAGAGGGGCAAAUGUUCAUGAAUACUCUGAGUGCAUCAACAAGUGAGAUGUUGCCAGGGUGGUCCCAUCUUGGGUGCAUUAAUGAGCAUUGCUGGCAUUGGAAUCUCAGUCCUAAGAGCCUCUGCUCCAUCUGCAGCAGGGAAGAUGUAUGUGAGUAAAGGCCAUCAUCAACAGGAGUCAGAGGGCUGUGGUACCCUCUACCAGCUCACCACACCACAGCCCCCGCAAUAAUUGCAGACAGAGUACUUUGCCUACAUUCUGGACUCAAUCCUGAGAUUUCCUGCAUGCUUCCCAGAGAUGCAGAGCACCUCUUGGCUGGAAGGGUGUGCAAUGUGGGAAAGAGAGUGGUUGUUGCAAACUUAGAAGUACUUUGGGGUAAAUCCUCCAGCUGUAUUUGUUAAUCACGCUCAUCAAAACAGCAGACUUCCCAAACUUAUAUGCUUCCUCUCUCACUCAGCAUGGAUUUUGUUCACACUUCCAGAUACAGAAAAACAAAGACAAUUGCUUCAGAAAAACCUAUGUAUUGUAGUAUUUAUUUAGAUAGCAAUGUUGAUAAAUCUGAUAGACUUCCCUGAGCUCAGUAAUGCAUGGCAGGGAGUAUUGCAUGCUUAAUGCUCAGGGUUUGAGAUUUAAGAACAGAAGAUUUACAUCCCAUCUCUCAUAUGAUUAUUAGAGAUCAUAAGUAAUGGAAGUUUGGGGAACAAUAACUUUGGGGAACCCAUUCUGCAAGUUUUUAGCACUGACUUUAGUCUUAACAGAGUUUUGUCAUUCAUUCAUUUUGAAAGAGGACAAUAAAAAGCCCACAUCAUUGCCUAAAGUAUCACGCUCCUCUUGUUCUACCACAAGGUUAUUUUCCAUUUUUUUGGCAGAGUGCAUGCAAAAAGAAAAAAUAAUUACCUUCUAUUUUCCUGUUGUGCAGUAAAGAAGUGGUAGGUAUGUGCCGUUGCCUUUGACCAACAAGGAGGAUUGCAUAUUGUAACAAAAGUGACUCUGCCUCCAGGAUAAGAGAAGGAAAAGCCCAACAGGCCAGGGCACAGCUCCCCUCCCUGCCUCCUCCUGUGUGCAGUGUCAUUAGCACCCCUGGAGCAGUUGGUUGGGAGCAUUCCCAGCUGAGCUCUGCCCACCCGUGUGCUCGUUCCGUACCGGGAGUGCAGCGGAGCUGCGGAUCCUGCACGGAGCCCGGCCGUUUCUAUGGGAAACACUUCGUGCUGCUGAUUAUCACAAUGCUUCAGAAGUGCUAAUUAUCUUUUCUUGGUAAUGACUAAUAAAUCCAAAUGGAGAACAGUCCUGGAGGGUGUUUACUUGUAAAUUCACUGGCUAGGUACCAAAGCAGGCACAGCGCUGGCUGCUGCAGUUUGAAUUACAGUUAUUUUGUCAAAAAAAUGUUCCAUUUUCAGGGAGCCUUGGUAAAGAAUGAGCUUGGCUAGUUUGUAUUUCUUUUUAAUGACAGCAGAGUGGGAAACAAUCCUUUGUAAUGAGAAGACAUCACUGCCAUGAUCUUUUUUCAACCAAACUAACAGAGAUUUGAUAGUUGCAAUUCAGCCUACAAGAAGAAGGCUUCCCAAAGCAACUGUGCUGCAGCAAUAAUUCCCUCUGACUCAGUUGUAUUACAGGCAUAUUUGACAAUCAUGACAUGGGCAUGUGGAGCUGAGAUGCCUCUCCCUCCUUAUUUGGCUAAGGGGAGCUGCUUUGUGCCCAAGGGACGGCUGUGGCACCCAUCUGCCACCAGCCCAGUGGGUUUGUUGGCCAAACACCCGUCCCUUGUGCUGGCUCAGUGACCCUCAGACUAAGCCUGGCUCCAAGGGAGGGUUUCCUUGCUGCUGAGUGUUGUUCAGUGCUGCAGGAUAUCAGUGCAUGAUCAGAUUGUUGUUUUCCCAGGUUGUUUUCCCAGAAAUGGAAAGUUAAAUCGCCCAUCAGUCAGGGGCGGAGGUAACCACUGACUCGGCAGUUGCCAUGAUGGGUCCUCCAACUUUGCUUCUAAUGAACUGGCUUGUGCCUUCAGCUCCAGCAGACCAAGGCAGGUUCCCAGGAUCCUAAAAGAUCCAGCUCGUUUUCCCACAGAAACACAUGCCAGUCAGUGGCUUAAACAACUGUUGGGAAUGCAAUGCUGCACCAUUGCAUUGAUGAUACGAGUAAAGAACCUCCCUGAGCCAGUGCACAGAGAGGUGCUCAGCCUUUGCACAUCCAAGCAUGUCCUACAUGCCACUCUGAUACUGCUGUCACGGGUGUCAGAAUCAGUUUUCCAUGUAACUUAACUUCUUUUGUCAUUGUAUGAUAUUUCCACCAAAUUUAAUAAAAUUGACCCUGUGAAAAAUAAAAAA